GCAUUGUGUACUGCAUGCAUUGUACACUGCUGUCAACGCAAUAACUUUGACCGUCUCGACAAUCUCGCACUGAUCUGCCCCGCCGUGCCCCUAUUUCAAGGAUCGACUGCCGCACCGUUGUACGUUACGCUGCCUCAGGCCACCCCCUGAUCAAACUCUUCGCAUCAUCAUACUGCUACUACGAUGCCCUCUCGAUCGCCACUCACUGAACAAAGGCCACCUCGAGUUCGCCACUCGACGCCCACUGAACGUCCGCGUCGACCUCGACCUCGACCCCGGAAGCGGUCUGCGCAUCAUCAGUCAACGCAUUCUGACCCAGAAUCAGUGACGCUUUCGGAGAUCACUUCGUGUCUCGUGAGAGCUCUUCUGUGCAUGGGCCAGGAUAUCGCCUCUUGUUUCACCGAGCCGUUCAUCUAUGCAUGGCUUCUAGCGACUACAUCCCGCGCAGGACCGCACGACGUUCCCACGUUUGUCUUUCGACCACACGUCGAACCGGCUUCAGGAGGCAACUCGUUCGAGGAGGAAGAGGAAGUCUUCGCCAUGCUCCUCAACGAGGCAGACAUGGUAGACGACGAGAUGGACGCCGAAGAAGCGGCGCGGCGCGAACCUGUAUACGUCUGGGGAAGGAGGGGGCCUCAAGACGAUCCAGACUACCGGUCCUACGACUUCGCAAUGGAGAUACCACGAGGGCGGUUCUCGCAGAACCCACCAGCAUUCGUCAACGUCCAGGUGUCUGGGUUGUCCGAAUCGAACAUGCGCGUGGAAGUCAACCUUAGUUUGCAUGAUACCAGCGAGCCUAGCUCUAUACACUAUCAUGUACUCCAGCAUGACGAGUAGAUGGGCAAUGGAUCUGAACUUUCGAGUCACAGCGACGCUCUGGAGAUGGGACUCUGGUUCUUCCUUCAGAGAUCUACA